AUGGACCCGUUCUCAUCUAAGGCUGAGGUUUUGACCACAACAAAUGAAAUCAAUAAUGACUCGGAAAUAAUCAGCGACGAGCUUAAAAAUGACGAGUUACCAUUAUUUGGUAAGUCGUUAAAGCAGUUUAACUCCAAAUCCAAACUAAGACAAACAUGUUACCUGAUCUUAACAUAUCCUUCCAUGAAUCAGGUUUUCACGUUGAUGCUAAUCAUACAAGUUGGAAUUCUGUCUUAUCAACAGUGGAAAUCUGAGAAUGGUUACGUUUCUGCUGCAAGAUACACGUGGGCCGAUUGGAUCUUGUUUGUAUUUUAUUUCAUUUAUACUGUUGAAAUGUGCGCCAAAAUUAUAGCUUUUGGCUUAUACGAUGAUUCAGAGAUGGUACAAGCGCUGCGCCUGCAGCGAUAUGAAAAUGAAUUACAAAAAUUCUACUCAAACCUUUACAAGCGAUUAAAAAAAUCAAAGUAUACAAAGGCUCCGUCAUUCUUCAAAGCUAAAACUUUCAAUCACAUCAGAAAAAGAAAGGAAAAGUCAUUAUUUUUAGACCAUAGCCAACUUGCUGAUGAACCAGGAUCUAGUUCUGAGAUGGAUGAUAGGUCUAAAGUUGAAAGCUCAGUUAACGAUAAGACUAGUGUCAAUAAAUUUGACAAAUUCCCUAUCCAUUACGCGUUUUUCAGAACUGACUGGAAUAGGAUAGAUUUUAUUUCUAUUGUGUGUUUCUGGAUUUCAUUCUUUCUCUCAUUGGAACGCCGAGAUAUAGGAAAAUAUCAGGUUUUCAGAUCUCUAAUGUGUUUGAGAAUCCUGAGACUUUUGAAUAUCACGAAAGGUUCUAGAGUGAUUUUGAAAGGUUUGAAAGAUUCUGCGCUGCAAGCAAAACAGGUUUUGGCAUUGUUGGUUUGUUUCUGGAUUCUUUUAUCAAUCAUCGGUGUCGAGUCAUUCAAAGCCUCUUUCAAACGUCAUUGUGUUUGGACUAAUCCCAACGAUCCAACAGAUACAUAUUCCAAUGAAUUUCAAUUUUGUGGCUCAUACUUGGAUGCCCAGACCUUGCAACCAAUGGCUUACUUUGACGAGCUGCAUUUGAGUACUGAAAGUAUUAAGGGCUAUACUUGUCCUGUAAAUUCGAAGUGCAUCAUGACUGAAAAUCCUUAUAACAACCGAGUUUCAUUUGACAAUAUUGCUCAAUCAAUGCAGUCUGUCUUUGUCGUUAUGUCUGCAAAUACAUUCACCGAUCUUAUGUAUUAUACCAUGGAUAGUGACUCUAUGGUUUCUUCAUUAUUCUUCAUCAUUUCACUCUUUGUUCUUACUGUGUGGAUGAUCAAUUUAUUUGUUGCUGUUAUAAUCCAUUCCUAUAAAGAAGAAGAUAAAUCUAGAAAAUCUCACAACAGUUGGCACAAAAAAUAUAGAAAUCUAUACGCAAAGUUUACUGAAAAACCAAAAAUUUUCAAAAUAAGCAGGAAACUUGAUGUUGUUUUCAUUAUCAUUAUCUUCAUCUCAUUCGUUUACAACUGCACUAAACAACGUGUAAAUGGCGAAAUACCUAAAAAAUACAAUUUGUGUGAUUUUGUUACUAGUAUCAUUAUGCUCUUUGAAAUAAUUGGAAGAUUUUGCCUUUUUGUUUAUGCUGGAAACUGGAAAGUAUUCUUUUACUCUGUUUUCAAUUGGGUUGAUUUGAUAAGCGCAAUUUUUGCAUUUGUUUUCAGUUUACCCCCCGUAUUUAAUUCUCUUGAGACAACGGUUUAUGGCUGGCUUUCUAUUUUUGGUAUCAUAAGAUUUUACAGAGUUGUAAGGUUCAUAAAACCUAUAAGAAAGUCAUGGGAGCUAGCAUUAAAGAGAACAAGACCCUUUGCCGAACUUAUUUUGUUUGGAGCAAUGUUGCUAUAUUUUAGUGGCAUUAUCAUGUCGAGACUUUUUGAGGGAAUUGUACCAAUUAGUGAAAUGAGUGACGAUCAAUGGAUUAUGUGUAAUUUGCCAAAUUGUAUCGUAUCACUUUUUAUUAUUACUACCACUGAGAAUUGGACAAAUGUUUUAUAUGUCGCUGAAAAGUAUUCCCCAAACACAUUCACUGCACUUUGCGUUGCUAUAUAUUUGAUUUCAUGGUUUGCUAUAUCGAACACAGUGCUGUUGAGUAUUUUUAUUGCCAUUAUCACUGAUAACUUAGAAUUACCUGAAGCAGAGAAAAGAAUCACUCAAAUCAAACAAUUUGUAAAAUCAUGUGUGGCCAAGGUGAAAAAUAAUGAGCAUGAAGGUUUGGUUGACUUGAUCAAGAAUAAUUUUGAUAGAACUGCAGUUUCUGAAGAAGCCAAUCAUUUUAUUAACCGUAUGAAUGAAUUGCUUAUUGCGAACGGACAGACACCUAUUGAUGUGGAAAAUUUUGACGACGAUGAUCGGGAUUUAUUAAGUGUGAACGUAAGAGAACUUAAGACUAUAUGGCGAAAGGUUUAUAUGGAGAACACAGAUUUAGACGAAGUCACUUCCUUAGAUUUGGCAAACCCGUUCAACAGUAAGAGUGAGGUUUUGGACAUGUACAAAAAAACUCACCCACAAAUCGACAGAUCUUUGUUUGUUUUUACGAACUAUAACCCGAUUAGAAGGAUUUGCCAAAUGAUUGUUUCCCCAAGUAAUUUACAGAGAACUGAAGGCAGACAACCUGCUCCGAAAUUGAUGUAUGCUUGUAAUGUCUUUAUGUUCUUGGCAUCAGUAGCCGUUGUUAUUUUGACUUGUUAUGAAACUCCACUUUACCGGAGAUCUAUUUCACCGGUUCUCACUGCUAACAUCUGGUCAAGUUAUGCCGAUGUGGUUUUCAUGGUAAUCUUUUCAGUUGAAUUUUCCAUCAAAAUUAUAGCAGAUGGUUUUUUAUUUGGGCCUAGAGCAUACGUGAAAUCUACAUGGAAUAAUUUGGAUUUUAUUGUCUUAAUAUCUUUUUGGGUCACAGUUUUAUCAGUCAUAAACAAUAACUACUCAUUACUGGUGACUUUUGGAGCUUUGAAAGCAUUUCGGGCUUUCAGACUGCUAACUAUCACCAAAGAGUCACAACUAGUCUUUCAUUUUGCUAUCAUUUCAGGAGCUUAUAAAAUUCUUUCAGCUGCACUAGUUUCUUUAUCGUUGUUAAUUCCAUUUGCAUUAUGGGGAUUGAAUAUAUUCAGUAUGGAACUAUCUUACUGUGCUGAUGGUGUAUCGAACAUAUCGAAUUGUACUUUGGAAUAUACUAAUACCGUUUUCAAAUGGGAAGUUUACAGCCCAAAUUAUGUUGAAACCCCAUACUUAUAUUUUGAUUCAUUUGGAACAUCGAUUAGGUCAUUAUUUGAGAUUCUUUCACUAGAAGGCUGGGUGGACUUAUUGAGUAACGUUAUGAAUAUUACAACUUAUGGUGAGCAACCUCAAAUUUUCAACUCUGUUGGCAAUGGUGUAUUCGUCAUUAUUUUCAUAUUUUGUUCAACAGUUUUUAUUAUCAACUUGUUUAUAUCUAUUAUCAUCAACAAUUACUCCAUUCAAACUGGUGCAGCUUUCUUGAAUAAUGAGCAGUACGGGUGGUAUGAAGUGAAAAAAGUGUUGAGUAUGGUCAAGCCAUCUAAAAGGAGAGACGAUGGCGAUAUAUCCCAAAUACAAAAAAGAGUAUUCAGAUUUGUAAGUAAGAAAGAUGGGGCUUGGUCUGUUUUCAUAAAGACUGUUUUGCUUCUUCAUUUCCUCCUUUUGAUUUCUGAAAGCUACCCAUAUUCGAUUGCGGGAAAUACCGCCAGAUAUGGUCUAUUUAUUGUCAGCACUACAAUUCUUUUGAUUCAUAUGAUCUUGCUACAAUUCUCACUUGGUACCAAAGUUUUUUAUUCCAAUAAGUGGAAUUUGAUCAUGACAAUAGUAAUAAUAACUGCCUUGACUAUGACAUCGAUAUCCUUUGCUGUCAGUGAUACGUCGGUUUACACUAAUAUAAAUAAAGCAUUCCUUGUUGCAGUAUUGUGUUUGAUCAUUCCUCAAGUUGAUAUGUUAAAUCAAUUGAUUAAAUAUGGGUCAACAGGGUUGUUUUCUUUGAUUUCAUUGCUAUAUACCUGGUUGGUUUUAUUUUUAGUUUUUGCAAUUGCGUUAAACCAAUUAUUUGGAUUGACCAGACUUGGUCCAAAUACUACUGGCAAUUUGAAUGCAAGAACUGUCACCAAAGCACUGAUAAUGCUAUUUAGGAAUAGUUUUGGAGAAGGUUGGAAUUAUAUUAUGAGAGAUUUUGAGGUUCUCGAGCCGUAUUGUUAUGACAAUGGAUACGGUGACUCUGAUUGUGGUAAUGUUACAUUGGCUUUAGUUCUCUUCAUUUGCUGGAAUAUACUUUCAAUGUAUAUCUUUUUGAACAUCUUGAUAUCAGUGAUUAUUACUAAUUUUAGUUACAUUUACCACGGAUCUGGUCCUCACAAAUUGAUUACCAGAGAAGAACUCAGAAAAUUCAAGCGUGCUUGGAAUCAAUUUGAUGUUAAUGGUUCAGGCUACAUAUACGAGGCAGAUUUAUUCAAGUUCAUGCAUUCACUUGACGGAAUCCUAUCAUAUAAUGUUUAUCCGAAAUAUCUUUCUUUGCCUGCUAUUGCUGAGAAUACUAUAGUUUGCAGAGAUCCUAACAAUGGCUACGACAUUGAGUGCAACUUGACACGCUUAGAGGAGAUACUGGCUUUUAUUGAUUUCAGGAAAGUUAGAAUGAGAAGGAUAAGAUACGAGCGUCUCAUUUCUGAACUACUGGCUUGUUCAGUUGAAAUAUCUGUUAAUGAUUCUGACGAUACGGAGACAGCAGUCAUUCGGAAAAUCCCUUUCAAAGAAUCACUCCUUGUCAUCGGCUAUUACUCUCGUUUUGAAGACAGUACUUGUUUAAACCUUGAAGACUUUUUGAGACAUUCAAUUCAGAUCAAAAACAUAAAUAGAGAGUUGAGAAAGGCUAAGAUCGUGUCAACCAUUAAGAUGACAUUUACACGUUUACGUUACAAAUUUGCAGUUGAUAAAAUGAGAAUUUUCGAUAAAAUAGCUAGGGCUUCUCCUUUCGAGAAAGAAAUGCUUAAAGAAGACCUAAGGAAUAGUCUAAAGGGAGCAGAUCUAUCAUUUGAUGUUUUGACAGAUAAUACUUUUAGGGUUGUCGAUCCAGAGAACCCCAUUUUCAACAAUAACCUAUACAAAGUCAUGUCCGCAAGCAGCAGAAAUCCAUUCAGUGAUGUAUACGUUGCAAACCGUAGUUGUGAGAGUAUUGUUUCUACUGAUGAAUAA